UAUGCAGAACAUCGAUUCUGUAGGCUUUAACAAAUAGUUUAACAUCAUGGGAAAAGAUAUGUUAUCGCGAUUAGUACGAUUUUCUUUUGGUUUUCAUCACAUACCACUGGACAUCACGAAAAAAGAGAGCUCUUAUUUUACUUGGUAACUCAAGUCAAGUGAGUCAAAUUGCCUGAGUGGGAUGCAUAGAUUAACUGCCGGUGCACUAUAAUGUAAACAUGACUGAAGAACUUUCCGGUGUGACAAUAGUAAUAUUUAUUGCGGCUGGCGUGUUAACAAUAUUAUUAUUGUUUAUUUUUGCAAAACGUCAGAUUAUGAGAUUUGCCUUGCGAUCACGUCGUGGCCCUCAUAUUCCUAUUGGACACGAUGCCAAAAAGUCACUAAAGAAGGAAAUUGAAAGGCGAAUUGAAGUAAUACCUAGAAUCCAAUACGAACCACAACUUAUUAGCGAUCCACGAUUCAUCGUGACACCUCACGCGCAAGUUUCGCCACAUUACUAUAGACUAAAAGCAGUAGACGACGUCAAAGUAUUGGAAGCGGAAAUUACAAAAUAUGAUAGUUGUCUCAAGAGACAUCCGUCUGAAAAUUUAAGAGCUUAUUUUCUUUCUACAUUAGCCACUCCGCUAAAUGAAAGCGGGCAACGGUUAAUUCAUCAAUUUUGCGAUUUGUACGAACAUGCUAGGCAUGAUCCGACAGAAUUUGGAGAUGAAGAGUACCAAGAAUACACGCGAUUGUUUCUUAAAUUAAUGGAUGCAGCCCGUCUACUAAAAUCUUAUCCAAGUAGUAGAAAAUCUAGUCCAAGUCGUACACCUAUAAAGAAAAGUGUUGAGACAAAACGAAAUAUAUUAGAGCCUCGAAUGAAAAUGCCAGAAGACCAUACAUUAAGUGGAUCAAGACCCAACACAUUGACAGUUAUGACUCUAGAUAAUAGUGAAACAUCUGUUUAGCAUUAUGAAAACUGGCACAAGGUGUGCAAGCAAAAAGGUGUUCUACAGUAUUAGAUAUGUUUCAUAGUAUGACUUCAUGUUUUCUUGUUUUAAUUUCUUAUGUUAAAUCUGCAAUUUGUAUAAACACAUUUAUUGUAAAAAUUGUUUCCUUGUAAUAUAUAUAAUUUAUAUUUA